GAAACUGACGUGGCACAAGCCAGCCUCGUUCGUGUGAUUGUCUAUGUCCUUAUUUACAUUUUACCCCAAUAUCUCUGUUCUGUUUUGCUUUGCCUUCGCCGCUUAACCGGCGAGAACGCGGCGUUUUCUCGUCAAAGAUCGGUUAUGGGAGACUGAUCGGGCAGAUUUUUAUUCGCUUCGAUGGAGGUGAAUUCACCACUUUACAAUUUGGAAUUCAUCGGAGAAAGCAUGGAACAGAAAGAUCGAGGAUCGCACUGUUGUACCGAUCUCGAGUUGGCGGCAGAGAUCGGAAAAAAUCUUCUGGAGCGGAACAAAGAACUGGAAGUGAUGUUGAAAUCAUCGCACCAGUAUCUUGAGGAACAGACUGUUAAAAAUGAGUUCCUUUCCAAACAACUGGAGACAUUACGAGAAUUGCAUGACAGCCAAGUUCGGACUUGCGAGCAGAUGGAGUCCACGGCUUUAGAUCUGCAAAAGAACAAUAAAGAACUGCAAAGCGAGACAGCUGUCUUGCGAAAACGUUAUCAAAGUCUCGUGCAGACUGUGGAUUGUUUGGAAAGUAAGUGCGACGAGUACAAAACACAGCUCGAAGAACUGCAAAUAGAACGAAUGCGCCUUCAGAGAGAAAUGGCGGGUUCUUUGUCACUCAAACUUACUCCGAAAGAGAACGGUUAUGAACUGGAAAGCGAUGAUGAAUCGGAUGAUACGGAAAAAGAUGAAAAAGUCUUAGGUUUUAAGAAGGAUAUUGAAAUUCUAAAUGACAGGAUUAUGAAAUUAAAAAGGCAACAUUCUGUGGAAAGACGUCGAAGGGAGGAACUCGAGAUCGAAUUGUCAGACUUGAUUCAUGAAAAUCAACAACUUGAUAAAGAACUAUUGGACUUCGCAGAACAAGCGAAAGUCUGGCAACAACUGGAGAACGAGGUGUCUUGUCUGAGUCUGUCAAUCGAUAACAGCUCGGAACAUGUACGGCAAAUCUCGGAAAGCACCGAGGAUGAAUCAUUUGUUCUCGUUGAGAACGAACUGGAUCGCCAAAGCAGCGCUAUGUCAGACCAAAGUGAGGUAGAGGUUUUGAGUCCUUCUCACGAAGUAAAAUCCCCACUUAAACAGAACAGCACGUCAUUCCUAUCCGAGCUUGGAAGUCAGUAUCACGAGCUAGUCCAAAAAUACGAUUCUCUUGUUAAACGGUGUAAAAGUGAGGGUAUAGUGCAAGACAUCGCUCCAAUUCCGACCGUACAGCGAGCGAUUCAGACCUCGCCGCUUGAUGAAGUGCCCGUGCAGUUUGGAGACGACACUUCACAGCAAAGCAGCGCGUCAGGGAAAGCCAGGGAGUACAGACAACUUUUUGCGCAAAUCUACUCCAAAAUACAAGAAUCGAAGAAGUUUAAUCCAGCAGAUAAAACAGAGAAAAAAAACUAAUGUAAUCUUAAGGAAGUUACGCCACGGUUUGCGCAUCUUGAAAAG